AUGUUGGGGCUGGGCAGGCAUACAGCCCUGGCUCUCGUGUCUUUACUGGUUCUAUUGUUGCGUGAGGCAACACCCAUCGAAGUCCCACUAGAUCCAAAGAUCCAGCAAGACCUGAAGCAACCCCCCACUAUAGUCAAACAGUCAGUGAAAGACUACAUUGUCGACCCAAGAGAUAACAUCAUCAUCGAGUGUGAGGCCAAGGGAAACCCAGUGCCAACGUUUUCAUGGCGAAGGAAUGGGAAGUUCUUCAACAUUGGGAAAGAUCCCAGGGUGACUAUGCGAAAACGCUCAGGAACACUGGAGAUUGGUUUCCGUAGCGGGGGACGACCAGAGGACUACGAAGGAGAGUACCAAUGUUUUGCUACCAAUGACUUUGGAGUAGCUCUGUCCAACAAAAUCCUGCUGCGGGUCUCAAAGGCUCCUCUGUGGCCCAAGGAGGUGUUGGAGCCAGUGGUGGUGACUGAAGGCUCCCCACUGGUUCUAACCUGUAACCCCCCACCAGGACUACCUCCUCCCUUUACCUUCUGGAUGAGCAGCGCUAUGAACCCAAUAUCACAAGAUAAGAGAGUGUCUACAGGUUUGAAUGGAGACCUGUACUUCUCCAAUGUUGUUGCUCAAGAUGCUCACACAGAUUACAGCUGCAAUGCUCGCUUCCUCUUCACACACACCAUCCAGCAGAAGAACCCCUUCACACUCAAAGUUCUCACCAAGGAGCCAUAUAAUGAAACAUCUUACAAUGCCACUGACCCCUAUGGUGGCCGUAAAGUAUCCGAGUCCACGCCGACCUUCCUCUCACCAUCAGGCAGUGAGAGCUCCAAAAUUGUGCAACGAGAUGAGCAACUGCUACUGGAGUGUAUCGCUGCUGGACUACCAACUCCUACCGUCAAGUGGUUCAAGAAGGGCGGGGACCUGCCAGGACACAAAGUGAAGUUUCAGAAUUUCAACAAGACCCUGAAGAUUAUCAGUGUGUCAGAGGAGGAUGCUGGGGAGUAUGUGUGCAUGGCCAACAGUCAUUUAGGCAGCAUACGCCACAGCAUCUUUGUCCAGGUUAAAGCGGCUCCUUACUGGCUGGACAAACCUACGGACCUGGUGCUAGCCCCGGAUGAGAACGGCCGCCUGGUGUGUCGGGCCAACGGGAACCCUAAACCUAACAUUCAGUGGCUGAUCAAUGGACAACCUAUAGACAGCUCUCCUCCUAACCCGAGCAGACAGGUGCUGGGUGACACCAUCCUCUUCCGCUCAGUGCAAAUGGGAAGCAGUGCUGUUUAUCAGUGCAACGCCUCCAACCAGCUUGGAUACCUGUUGUCCAAUGCCUUCGUCAGUGUUCUCGACAUGCCUCCGAGGAUGCUGGGCCCUAAAAACCAACUUAUUAAAGUCAUUGAGAACAACCGCACCUUUUUGGAUUGUCCAUUCUUUGGUUCCCCUCUGCCUGAACUACGCUGGUUUAAGAAUGGACAGGGCAGUGGGCUGGAUGGUGGUCAGUACCGUGUUUACAUCAACGGCACCCUGGAGAUCAAAAGGGCUCGAACAGAGGACGAGGGCACAUACACAUGUGUUGCCAACAGCAUCCUGGGCACAGCCGAGAACCAGGUCCGCCUGGAGGUCAAAGCGCAAACUCGUAUAAUCAGUUUCCCUGAGCACCAGUCAGCCAUCAGGGGCUCCACAGCUCGUUUCAACUGUAAAGUGAAGUCGGAUCCCAGCCUGCCUGUCACUGUGACCUGGACCAAGGAUGACAAGGUUCUCUAUCUAGGAUGGAGGCUGAGGAAGGAUGAUGAGUCACUGACCAUCCCCAAUGUGAAUGAGGGUGAUGAGGGAACAUACACCUGCACUGUUAAAUCUGAGAUUGACCAGGACUCCGCAUCUGCCCGCCUGACUGUGUUAGAGGAAGCCUCCCUCAACCCCUCACUCUCUAGUGCCUUGCCUCCAGACCGCCCAGACCCUCCCAUGGAUCUAGAUCUGUCUGACCCAGCAGCCCGCAGUGUUCGUCUCACCUGGAUCCCUGGAAAUGAUCACAGGAGUCCCAUCACAGAGUUCUUGGUCCAGUUUGAGGAGGACCGCUGGGAGCCAGGCAGGUGGCAAAACCUGUCCACUUACCCUGGAGACCUCAACUCUGUCAUCCUGCAGCUUGCCCCAUUUGUCAACUACCAAUUCAGGGUCGUUGCCAUUAAUUCAGUUGGCCAGAGUCAGCCCAGCCGUCCCUCACCAAGAUACAAGACCAGUGGAGCAGCUCCAGAUGUAAUUACCAGAGGUCUUAGAGGAUGGGGCUCCAAGAAGGACAACAUGGAGAUCACUUGGGAGCCACUGCUUGAUCUGGAGAGAAAUGGUCCAAAUCUACAAUACAACGUGUGGUGGAGACGGAGGGAUGUGGGGGAAGAGUGGAGUAAUGUGACCACAGAGGGGUCCAAACAUAUCGUCCACAACACAGAAACCUAUGUGCCUUAUGAGAUCAAAGUCCGGGCCAGAAAUGAUUUUGGCCCAGGACCUGAGUCUAAUGUGGUCAUUGGAUACUCUGGAGAGGACAAGCCCACAGAUGCUCCCACUGACUUUAGGGUAUCAAAGGUCGACAGCACCAAAGCAAACAUCCACUGGAAGUCUGUGGACCCAAACUCUGUCCAGGGAGAGUUCAAAGAGUACAAGCUGUAUUACUGGCGUGAGUCCAGUAUUGUCCCACAUUUGAUGGUCAGUAAGAAGAAUAAGACCAAAGGGAUCUACAGCACCACGUCCGAGCCAUCUGGCAUCCUAACUGACCUGGUGCCCUACUCUAAAUACAAGAUGUUUAUAGUUGUGGCCAACAGCCGCUUCGAGGGCCCUCCCAGCAACACUGUGGAGUUCUCCACCAAGGAGGGAGUCCCCGAUGCUCCAAGGUUCUUCAGGAUCAACAGGAGGAGUUUUGACACUAUCUACUUGGAAUGGGAUAAACCUUUGGAGCCAAACGGCAUUCUUACUGGAUAUCAGCUCAAAUAUCAAACAGUCAAUGGCUCCAGGGUGGGUCGACAACAGCUGGAGACUUUUCUUCCAAAUAUGACAGACUUCACCCUCCGCCUGCCAGAUCGAUCUACCCGCUAUAAGUUCUUACUGUCAGCGCUCACACAGGUGGGAGCAGGAGAGGUCUUCGCUGAGGAGUCCCCACACUUCACCAAUGAGGAUAAUUUUACUGAUACUACAGGUCUAGUCAACCUUACAGACGCCUCUGUCGCUUCAACUUUCACUCCCACUCCUCCUCCUCUCGCAUCUAUUCCUUCUACUACCAUGGCUCCUACAACCAUGGCUCCUACAGCCAUUAGCACCUCAACUACUACCACUCCUAAAGCUACAACUUCUCCUUCUACUACUACGUCUACUACAACAACUCCUACUACCACCACCACUGCAACUGAGGCAACAACCACCAUCACACCUCCUGUGCUAGUCACCACCAGGCGUACCGAUCAGAAUGUGUUGGUGGCCCCUGAGUGGCAGAUCUUGGAUCUGACGGUGGAGCCUAACAGUAACUACGCUAACGUCAGCUGGAGACACAACUUCCCGGCCGGCAGCAGCGAGUUUGUGCUAGAGUUCACACUGGACAGCAACAAGACGGAGAAAACAGUACGAGUGAAUCAACAGCCCCCCAUUAGAGUGGCGGAUCUGAUCGCAGGUGCCACGUACCGUCUGAGGGUUUACUCCCAUGAAUUCAACAGCAUCAGCAGCAAUUAUUUCACCUUUAAGACCCAAGCAGCUUAUAUAGACCAAGUAGACAUCGCCACUCAGGGUUGGUUCAUCGGCUUGAUGUGUGCCAUUGCCCUCAUCAUAUUGAUUCUCCUCAUCGUCUGCUUCAUCAAAAGGAGUCGUGGUGGCAAAUAUCCAGGUGGCUGCUGUGUGACUGGUUUCGCAAAAUAUCUCGUGCGUGACAAAAAAGAUCUGCCCUUAGACUCAGUGGACCAUAAAGACCAGGAUGGAUCCUUCGAUUACCACAGCGAUGAGGACAACAAGCCUCUGCAGGGCAGCCAGACUUCGCUGGAUGGCAAUGUGAAGGAAAGCGACGACAGCCUCGUGGACUAUGGUGAAGGUGGCGAUGGUCAGUUCAACGAGGAUGGCUCUUUUAUUGGCCAGUACACAGUGAAGAAGGACAAGGAUGAGACGGAGGGCAACGAGAGCUCAGAGGCCACUUCACCUGUCAAUGCCAUCUACUCCCUGGCAUAACCUUCCGGCAGCACAUAGGGGACUAAGCUCCCCAAACAUCCACCCAGUGCUUUUAUGGUUUUACGACAGCACCAUACACCCCAUACAAACACACAGACACACACAACAACAUAUUACUAUAUGAAACACUAAUAACACAGACGAAAGGCAGCAGGGCCUGUCUGGAGACUGUGUAGACUUUCCUCUGAUGAUAACAACAAGGAAUACGGGAGUGCAACUAGACCACAAGCCUUUACUUUAUGUUUCCAGCUCUAAAAUAUGGCCCGUCUGAGGUGAUGUUUGGACAAAGUGGACAGUGCUUGUUUUACUCUGUGCUCUGCCUGCCCUUUACCCACACAGACUUGAAGUGUGCCUUCUGGGCAGCUUCCAGUAUUUGGAGGCAUCUCCAAGUAUUAUUUAGAGAUAUUUCCUUUGUUUGUUCCUGCUCUGAAAAUGUUCAGUGUCACUGCUCUCCUUCCUGAUGCGCCCCUCAUACUUAAGUGUAGCAUCCCAGUAAAGUUCACACAGUGGUUACACACAAACCCACACACGCACACUUGCCCCGUGUUUCAACAUAUCAGCUUCGAACCAUCAAACUCAACAGGAUGCUGGCAGAUAUGUUUAUCAUAUUGAUAUUUAAGCAAUGAAAGAUUUUAGUUUUUCCACAGCUGGUAGAUGAGUCAUUAAAUCUUAAUGAAUGCUGUAUACAGUUCUGGCACACAUUUUAGUGCCCCGCAAAACUAUGCACUGUCACUUCCACAAUACCUUAAUGGUUUUAAUCUGGUCAGUAAACAGUAAAUUUAAGUUCAUUUUUACCAUAUACAGUCCAAACUCCCAUGCUUUGUAUUAACUUUGCCUUGUAUCAUGUGGUAGACUUUUUUUUUACCUUUAAUUCAAUCGAUCAAAAUGGCUACCAUAACAAAAGCCAUUUCACCACAAACAGCAAACUUUGCUAUAGUGUGUUUUCAAUGAACCAUUUAAAUAAUAUUUUGGAGCACUGUAGAAAGGCAACUGGAUAACAACUCAGUGAAUUUCCUAGUCAGCAUGCAGGCUAAUG